AUGGCUAGUCCGCAGCAGCCCCCGCACUCUCACUCUCAUUCCCACUCUCACGCCGUCCCUCAUGGCCAUACGCACGAGAUCCUUGACGGUCCCGGGUCCUACCUCAACCGGGAGAUGCCCAUUAUCGAAGGGCGAGACUGGAAUGAUAGAGCGUUUACAAUUGGAAUUGGAGGACCGGUGGGAUCUGGCAAAACAGCUUUGAUGCUGCAGCUCUGCUUGGCCCUGCGGGAAACGUACAAUAUUGCGGCUGUGACGAAUGAUAUCUUCACUAGGGAAGACGCAGAAUUCCUGACUCGCAAUAAAGCGCUCCCCCCCGAACGUAUUCGUGCCAUUGAAACUGGUGGCUGUCCCCAUGCUGCCGUCCGUGAAGACAUUAGCGCCAACCUCCUAGCUCUCCAGCAGCUCCAGCGCAGAUUCCAAACCGACUUACUGCUUAUCGAGUCCGGUGGUGAUAACCUUGCGGCGAAUUACUCGCGGGAACUCGCCGAUUAUAUCAUUUACGUUAUUGACGUCGCUGGUGGUGAUAAGAUUCCGCGGAAGGGUGGCCCGGGGAUAACGGGAAGCGAUCUGUUAGUGGUGAAUAAGAUCGACCUGGCAGAAGCCGUGGGAGCUGAUUUAGGUGUGAUGGAGAGAGAUGCGGCGAGGAUGAGAGAAGGUGGACCGACGAUCUUCGCGGAAGUAAAAAAUGGUAAGGGCGUGGAGCAUAUUGUGAAUCUUAUCGUGAGCGGAUGGAAAUCCACAGGGGCGUACGAUGUCAGUAUUGCCCGGUGGAAAAAUGGAGCCCCGAGAGGCUCUGGGCCGGUAGAGAAAUAG